AAUACUACCUAUUCCCGUUUCAUUGUUCUCUUCUCUUUAUUUAUCUAAUCAUGUCGACAAGCAAAUAAUGUAAAGGGAAUAUGAAAAAUUCUGAACGGGGAUUGGGCCUCGCAAAAUCUCAAUUUAAAGUCCAAAAGACACGCACAUGGUGACAGAGGUGACACGACAUAGGCCGGCGAAUCAGAUUAGUUGCUGAGGGCGAGCGGGUAGGAAGCUUCUCUGAGCUUGCCACCAACUCCAACUCAGUGACUAACCAUCAACUGUCAAACUGGCUGGCUGGACUGGAUUUUACCAGAAUAGUAAGCAAGCACCACACCACACCACUUGCUCUUCUCCACCUUCCUCUUCCCUGUCCCUCCUUCCCUUCGCCUUGCUCCAAUUAUCAUGCCCUCGAUCCAGACACCCCCUUAUGAAACCCUAACCAUCCCAACCCCAAUGUCCUCUCUCCUCUUUCUCCUUCUCCUCCUCCUUCUUUCCUCCUCACCUCCUCCAACUCUCUCCCAGCAAAACGACACCGUCGCAUGCCCCCUCAACUUCGACGUCCUCCGCCGGUUCAACCCGGCCUCCAACCGCCCCAAAUUCGACAGCAACACCGAGUGCCAGUACAUCAUCCAAGGCCUCCGGCUCGUCGAGGCACAGUACCUCCAGCUCACCGGCUCCUUCCUCCCCCCACCCAACGCCUCCGAAUCCUGCUGGGCCGCCUACCAAGCACUAGCCUCCGAUUUCGUCCCCAAUUUCGACAUUCGCGCCUCCUGCGGCUUCGAGACCAGCUGGAUCUCGCAGGGCUGCAUGAACAUCACCACCAGGCAGCAAUUCGAAGCCCUAGUCGGAAGCGCAACGCUUAAGGACGUCAUCGACAACUGUAACCAGUCUCUCGGGAACAGCUCGCCCUGUGCCUCUUGCACCACCAGCUUGUCCAGCUUGCAAGCCUCGUAUUUGACCGGCAAGUCCGUCGGGAACGUCUCCACUUGCACGGGGUACCCGUUGGUGUACGCGGCGGCUUUCGCCAAUCAGUAUGGGCCGGCCGAUGUCGGCACCGCCCAGUGCCUGUUCGCGCUCAAUUUCUCGCAGAGUUCCGGUAAGAAGAAAAAGACUGUUAUUUUGAUUUCUUUGGUUGCUUGUGGUGUUGCGUUGUUGGUUAUAAUUGGCGGGGUUUGGUUCUUGUGGCAUAAAUAUGACCAAUUUAUGAUCAAGAAGAGGAGAAAGGAUUAUAAUGAUAAAAUUGAGAAGGGUUUGGGUUCUGCCUUAGAGUCAAUUAGUGGAAGCACUACUUUGAUUAAGUUUAAAUACGAAGAGAUUAGUGCCGCGACUAAGAAUUUCUCUAGGGACAACAUAAUUGGACGAGGAGGCUAUGGGAAUGUGUACAAGGGCAUUUUAGAUGAUGGCUCUGAAGUUGCAUUCAAGAGGUUCAAGAAUUGCUCGGCUGCUGGCGACUUGAAUUUCGCUCACGAGGUUGAGGUGAUUGCAAGUGUUAGGCAUGUCAAUCUUGUUGCUUUGAGAGGUUAUUGCACUGCCACUACUCCUUUGGUGGGUCACCAGAGGAUCAUUGUGUGUGAUCUGAUGAAGAAUGGAAGCCUCCAUGACCAUUUGUUCGGGUCUUUUGGGAGCAAGCUUAGUUGGCCAAUCCGUCAAAGGAUUGUGCUGGGGACUGCAAGGGGAUUGGCAUAUUUGCAUUAUGGGGCUCAACCAGCUAUUAUCCACAGGGAUAUCAAAGCUAAUAACAUACUUUUGGAUGAGGCAUUUGAGGCCAAGGUGGCAGAUUUUGGACUUGCAAAGUUUACAGAAGAGGGAAUGACGCAUAUGAGCACGAGGGUGGCUGGAACGAUGGGUUAUGUUGCUCCCGAGUAUGCAUUGUAUGGCCAAUUGACGGAGAAAAGUGAUGUGUAUAGUUUUGGUGUUGUGUUUCUUGAGCUUUUGAGUGGAAAGAAAGCGCUUCAUGUGACUAAUGAUAACCAGCCAUCGCUCGUGACUGAUUGGGCAUGGGCGUUGGUGCGAAAUGGACAACCCCUGGAUGUUAUUGAUGAUGAUAUGCCAGAGAAGGGCGCACCUGAAGUUUUAGAGAAGUAUGUAUUGAUUGCUGUUCUUUGUUCUCACCCACAGUUGUAUGCUAGGCCAACAAUGGAUCAGGUUGUGAAAAUGUUGGAAACAGACUUGUCAGUUCCCUCAAUCCCGGAAAGACCGGUUUCCAUUGUGGCUAAUAUUGAAGACAUUGAAAGACACAGCAGUAGUGGCUCACUUCAGCUCUCUAGUUCAGGUGGCUAUCAGACUUAUACAUUUGAAAGUCACCUCCCUUUUAACCCUAAGGGAGACGGAGAAAGUUCAUUUUCCGGAGUAUCAACUGUUUGACAGAUUCCACUGAUUGGUAUGUUCACCCCCAUUUGUUUGUUGGUCCAGAUUGUAUGGUUUUAUAAUCAAAUUUCCCACUGUAAAUAUAAAAUAGAUGUAUAACUAAAGCUGAUUCUUUAUUCAAGUGAAAUAGAACAUAACACACUACACAUUUUGCCUGUCAGUGUCCUUUGUUACUUGAGCCCCUAAUAGAUAUGGAAGCUUAUUGUA